AGAAAAAGGAGGAAGAAGAGAAGGGUAUGUUGAUUAUCGAUUAAGCAAAUGUUGAUGUCGGAGUAAUUGAUGAUUAACAAUAACAAGAAUGGAGUGUAGUAUCACUCAUCUUCUAUCCACAUCGUUGUUUUGUUAGUGAUCUCACUCACACUGUAAAAUUAUUACCUUUUUUCUUUUUCCCUUUUUCUGUGUAUAUGAAAUUGCAAUUGCAACAAAACAUUGAUUCAUUCCCGAUCCAGAGAAAGAGAACAAACCAAUUCUGACAGCUGUUGUAUCCAGAACCAAGGGAAAAGGAGGAUAAUUGAUUAGGUUUGUUCUCGAUCCAUCUCGCUAGGGUUUUUGAUUCCGCGAGAUGGCGAGUUCUUCAUCUUCUAGUUGGCGAGAGGGAAUGUCCUCUGAUAAUAUCAAAGGUUUAGUUCUCGCUCUUUCAUCCAGUUUCUUCAUCGGCGCUAGCUUCAUUGUUAAAAAAAAGGGUUUGAAAAAAGCCGGUGCCAGUGGAAUCAGAGCAGGAAGUGGAGGCUAUUCGUACUUGUAUGAACCACUUUGGUGGGUGGGCAUGAUAACAAUGAUUGUCGGUGAGAUUGCCAAUUUUGCAGCAUAUGCAUUUGCUCCAGCUAUAUUGGUCACUCCGCUUGGUGCUCUUAGCAUUAUUAUCAGUGCUGCUCUUGCCCAUAUUAUCUUACGGGAGAGACUACAUAUAUUUGGAGUUCUUGGUUGCGCUUUGUGUGUCGUUGGGUCUACAACAAUUGUUCUACAUGCUCCUCAAGAACGGGAAAUUGAAUCAGUGCCAGAAGUAUGGGAUCUUGCUAUGGAUCCAGCUUUUCUAUUUUAUGCCGCAUUGGUUAUAACAGCUACCUUUAUUCUAGUCUUCCACUUCAUUCCUCUAUAUGGCCAGACACACAUAAUGGUUUAUAUCGGUGUUUGUUCCCUUGUAGGCUCCCUAUCGGUUAUGAGUGUUAAAGCUCUUGGAAUUGCCAUAAAGUUAACUCUGUCUGGGAUGAAUCAGCUAAUUUACCCUCAAACUUGGGUUUUCGCUCUAGUUGUAACUGUUUGUGUUCUUACCCAAAUGAAUUAUUUAAAUAAGGCACUCGAUACUUUCAAUACAGCAGUGGUAUCUCCCAUUUAUUAUGUUAUGUUCACAACAUUAACCAUCGUGGCUAGUGUUAUCAUGUUUAAGGACUGGGAUAGGCAAAGUCCUACACAAGUUAUCACAGAAAUAUGUGGGUUUGUGACGAUACUUUCAGGAACUUUUCUUCUGCACAAGACUAAGGAUAUGGCAGAUGGUUCAUCUAUUAGACUUAAUAAGCAUUCAGAAGAGGAUGGCUUUGAUGAUGUUGAAGGGAUUCCCCUCAGAAGGCAAGAAUCCAUGAGAUCAUGAGAUCGCCGUGAUAUAUUAUUUGCAUCACACCUCGAAUAUCUCAAAAGCUUCAGGCGCUGGGGAGGGACUUUGCCUAGUCUUUGUGUAUUUUACUGAUUAUUUCCCACCCCAUAAUAUUUUUUCCUGAUACAGUUUGGAGUGGAAGGAUGAGAGUUUCCUAUCAUUGUUCUUUUGGCCUCCUUAUGAUUGUACUUUCUGAUCUAGUCUUGUACACCUCUCUACACUCCACACUGAAGACAAACACCGAUGUAAUUUUCUGCACGCUGAUUAUAUAUAGUGUAUCCCAGUGAAAUGAAUGUAUUCAUCAUCAAAUUUUGAACUGGACAGAGCAGCAAUGUUUUUAUCAGUACCUUCCAAUGUAACUAACCCUAUUUCUAUUUACACUUGUCAGAGAAAACUAUGGAAGUAAGUCAUUUUAUGUAGAUUUUAAAA